AUGGCUGUCGUUACCGUUUGUGUGCUCAUCCUUUGCCUUUCCACAGUCUCAGCCCACGAAAACUCCGAACUUUAUUACUGGAGGGAAUACACUGGAGAAAUCCCCCACGACGCCCUUCCAGGCGGCGUGGACGCAGACGGCCAAGACACCUACAUCGGUGAAGGAUACUACCACGACAACGGGUUCUACAUCGCCCAGAUCUACCCCGGAGUCAAAGAAGUGGAUUUACCGUGCUACGGUGUGAAAACCGCAACCAUAAACAUAAAAAUCUUGUGCACGGAAAGCCCGGAAUCCUUCCACUGGGUUAAAACUUCUUCCAGCACGUUCAAGCAAGACACCGCCGAUUUUGAACUUGUCGUGGCAGGCUAUGACGGGAACGGGAACAACGGGAUCAUGCACGUCGGGAGGAUGUUUUACCAAGGGUAUGUGACGGUGGGGGACGUGACCCCGUGGAAGACCCCCCACUUGUGGUUUCCGUUUAACAAAAUCGAACGAGCUGUCAAUUUUUACGAGGUGCUGGUUGUUAGGGAGGUGGAGAUUGAGCCGAGGCUGCGGCUGGAUGCUGAAACGUUAUCUCACGAAACAAAAGACAGGGCCACGCCAGAUUUCGCCAGAUUGAUUUUUACGUUCCGGGCGUAG